CCCCUCUUGCACUCAGACUUUCUUGGAGUUUUUAAAUUGGGCAUGAUUUCAUCACUACUCUGGCAUUUAUAAGUACUCCACCCACAUGGUCAAAACUUCAAGAAACCCCAACCCUGUGCAUUUUUUUUUAAUCAGGUAGCACCUGGAAGUUCUAGUUGUCAGUAACAAAACCCGAGUUUCACAAUAGUCUUGAGCACUAAACUCCAAGAGAGAGUCAGAGAGAGAAUAGAAGGAAGUUGUUGUGUGCUUCCAAGACAUUGAAGAUGGUGAAGGAGUAAUUAGCCUUUCUUAGAAUACUCGCCAUGUGUUGGAUAGAUUUGGUGGAAGACGUGUUUCCCCUGGAAGAAUCAAAGCCUGGGAACACACACUUUUGUUUUGUUCCUGCAAGAACAAGAAGACAAGGCCAAUGUGAACAAACUCACUCGGAUUUGUCAAUAGAAACAAGGAAGACAGAUCUCUCAAGCAUGAAUUUUAGCUUUUGUUUGAGCUCCCCGAUCAUUUCCACACUUGUACAUUUCCUUCUUGUUGUUUCUUUGCUUUGUCCUGUUUGUUCCUCAGAAAUGGGCAACACCCCAGUUGCCAAUCAGACUUUUAAGCCGCAAGAAGAGGUUUACAAGAUGAACAUCAUAAGAACUCGUCUUCAGCAAAUCAACAAGCCCCCUGUCAAGACAAUUCAGAGUCCUGACGGUGAUGUAAUAGACUGUGUGGUGUCUCAUCAGCAACCAGCUUUUGAUCAUCCUAUGUUGAAGGGACACAAACCACUGGAUCCUCCCGAACGGCCUAAAGGUCAUAACCAAAGGGACAUAUUGAGUGAGAAUUUUCAGCUAUGGACCAUAUCAGGGGAGUCAUGUCCAGAAGGUACAAUUCCAAUUAGAAGAACAAAAGAACAAGACAUGUUAAGAGCUAGUUCUGUAAGCAGAUUUGGAAGGAAAAUAAGAAGGCGUGUUAGAAGGGACACCAGUAGCAAUGGCCACGAGCAUGCAGUUGGGUAUGUGAGUGGAGAACAGUACUAUGGAGCUAAGGCUAGCAUAAACGUGUGGGCACCCCGUGUGGCAAAUCAGGAUGAAUUCAGCCUGUCCCAAAUGUGGGUCAUAUCUGGUUCAUUUGGGGAUGAUCUCAACACUAUUGAAGCUGGUUGGCAGGUCAGCCCUGAGCUCUAUGGGGACAGAUACCCCAGAUUCUUUACUUAUUGGACGAGUGAUGCAUAUCAAGCAACUGGAUGCUACAAUUUACUGUGCUCAGGUUUUGUUCAAACUAACAAUAAAAUUGCAAUUGGAGCUGCAAUUUCUCCAACUUCUUCCUAUGCUGGUGGGCAAUUUGAUAUUAGUUUGCUGAUUUGGAAGGAUCCAAAGCAUGGGAAUUGGUGGCUUGAAUUCGGAUCCGGAAUCUUAGUCGGGUAUUGGCCAUCGUUCUUGUUCACACACCUUAGAGAUCAUGCAAGCAUGGUGCAAUUUGGUGGAGAAGUGGUGAAUUCAAGGCAAUCAGGGUCUCACACUUCAACCCAAAUGGGUAGUGGGCAUUUUGCAAGUGAAGGGUUUGGAAAAGCUUCAUACUUUAGGAAUAUGCAAGUUGUGGAUUGGGACAACAACCUUGUACCCUUGUCAAAUCUUAGGGUUCUAGCAGAUCACCCCAAUUGCUAUGACAUUCAAGGAGGGAUUAAUAAUGUUUGGGGGAAUUACUUUUACUAUGGUGGACCUGGGAGAAAUGUCAAAUGUCCCUAAGGGGAUCAAUUUUUUUUUUUUAAUUUUUUUUUUAAUUUUAUAUUUGGUCAUUUUUGGUUUUGGGUGACAUUGGUUUUCCUUCUCAAGGGCAUGCAAGAAGCUUGGGUCAUGGGGUCAUUUAUUCUUAUAUUUAAUUUACAUUUGUUUGUUGAUCAAUAUUUUUUAUUUUUAUUUUGACUAACCAGUCAGUCACCCAUUGAUUAUACCAUUACCACCUGGACUCCUAUGUAAAUCUUUAAAGAGAAAUAGUAAAUAUAUUUCUUCCUUUUUCUA